AUGCGAGCUCUUGCUUUCCUUUUGCUCUUCACUUGGCUAUUCGGUGCAUCAGCAACGAUUCUUGAGAAUGGCCAGGCGCGGUUGAACCCGUAUCCGGGGCAAACCGAGGUCAUUACGUUAGACAAAAAGACAUGGAGGACCUACAAGCCUGGUGUAAAGGAGAUUUCCUACAAGGGCAGAUGGGAUGAUAAGGCUCCUGGAUUCAAGCUUGCAUUCACUGGUGAAAGGCUCGCCUUGUCCUUUGGCCAAUACACCAGUCAAGGGGUCCUCGUGGCAUACAGACUGGGUGGCCAGGACUGGCAAUUCUCCAAUGUCACUGCCAAUGCCACAUAUCAAUUCAUUGGCCCUACCACGACGGGGCUCAAUCUCACUAAAGCUGGCGACAUAAGGACCUUUGAACUGAGAGACAGCAGGAAUUUACUGACAACACGCACGAUCCAGUUGGCCGGUGUAUCCGUUGCGGCAGAUGCAAAGAUCUCCAGGGUCCCCGAGUACCCGAGGAUGGUGGAAAUCAUCGGAGACUCGUUGAGCUCCGGUGACUACGCGACAUACGAGGGACUAUCCUCAUGGGCGUACGAUUUUGCAGCAGGACUCGGAAACGUAGAAUACUCCAUUACUGUGCGUUCUCUCCCUCAUCUGCUACAUCCAAUACUGACCAACAAGGCCUAUCCCGGUAUCUGCCUCCACGAUCAGAAUUGCUGGGGGAAUCCCCGCGGUCAGGCCUACCAAUGGUACCGCACUUCCGACACCUCCUGGCGCGCACACGAGAUCUACGGCGACAAUCCACCCAGGUGGAACUUUGCAGCUCAACGCCCAGCCGAUCUGGUGGUCAUCAACAUUGGCACAAACGACAACAACCCGACGAACAAUGUCUCCAGCAUAGACUAUUACAACGACUAUGUCAACCUCGUGGGCAACAUCCACAAGAUCUGGCCAAAGGCCAAUAUCGUUCUCAUGUCGCUAUGGGGCGGUUUCGGAGCUUCGGGGGAUACAUACGUGCAGGGCCCUAUAUGGGUGGAUGAGAUCAAGCGGGUUUACCAGCAUUACGAGAAGCAGGGAUUCAUCCAUUAUUUCGACACGACGGGGAUCCUGCAGCACAACGAUAUCGCGCCGCAGUGGCAUCCAACUGAUGUUGGGCACAUCAAGAUCGCCGCGCAUCUAAUGCAGUGGGUCAAGUUGAAGUUUGGGUGGGAGUUUGGGGCUACCGGGCCUGAGGUGCAUCAUGGGACGUUGUACUGGAAUGAUCAGGCGAAUUACUAG